UCUAUUUUCUUCUCUACCCAGAAAUUCACAGUGCCGUUGAUAAAAAGUAGCUCCUCCUCCUCCUCUGUCAGGCAGCCAAUCAGAGGAGGGGGGCCGCGCAGUGUGAUCUCCAUGCAGUCUGGAUAAAAGCAGCCUCCGCUGCUCAGCACAUCAUCUCACUGCUGCAAAGUUGGAGAGGAAAACAUGCCCGAACCCGCCAAGUCUGCCCCCAAGAAGGGCUCCAAGAAAGCGGUGACCAAGACCGCUGGCAAGGGAGGCAAGAAGAAGAGGAAGACCAGGAAGGAGAGCUACGCCAUCUACGUGUACAAGGUGCUCAAGCAGGUCCACCCCGACACCGGCAUCUCCUCCAAGGCCAUGAGCAUCAUGAACUCGUUCGUCAACGACAUCUUUGAGCGCAUCGCCGCGGAGGCUUCUCGUCUGGCUCAUUACAACAAGCGCUCCACCAUCACGUCCAGGGAGAUCCAGACCGCCGUGCGCCUCCUGUUGCCCGGUGAGCUGGCUAAGCACGCCGUGUCCGAGGGGACCAAGGCCGUCACCAAGUACACCAGCUCCAAGUAAACGGCUGUUUACACCACCCACCCAAACGGUCCUUUUCAGGACCACACACUCCCUCUCAGAGCACCUUCAUCCUUCUG